CCGAAGCGAAGCAGCAUCGAGGCGGAGCGGCACCGAGACGAAGCAGCACCGAAGCGAAGCAGCACCGAGGCGAAGCGGCACCGAAGCAAACCAGCACCGAGGCGAAGCGGCACCGAAGCAAAGCAGCACCGAAGCAAAUCGGCACCGGAGCGAACCAGCUCCGAGGUGAGGCAGUACUGAGAGGCAGCAUUAUCGAGACGCACCAACACCAAGACAGCGGCUUAGCGGUGAAUAAUUCGUUUCCAUCCGGAACGAAUUGGUCGACGGAGCGAUUAGGAGUAUUCGAUUCCAACCCGGAACGAAUCGGGUAGCCGGACGAAGCUAGACCAGACAACACGUAAGAAAGCGGCCUUGACUCGAGCCAACCGGAUCGAGUUGUACGAAAAGGGCACGGACUGACGGCGGUGGCGAUGGAGUCCAGUUCGACACUAGAUGACGACAAUGGCGCAGUCAUCCAUGUUGUGAGAGAAUCGAAGAAAGUAGUCAAGAAGCGAUUGAAAGCAGCUCUGGAAGAAAAUGACGCAUUAAGAGCACGUCUUGCUCAACUCGAGCAAGCAUCAGUUUGCAAUAAGCCUGAGAAUGAUGAAGACAAUCAUCAACAGGAUAUUCAGAAUAGUCCUGUUGCCUUGAGAGAUGAUUCGAAUUUGCUCGCUGCAAUGAAUAAUUGGACUUUGAGUACAAUUAACAUACCAGAGUGUACUCCUUCGGAUGGAGAGACUGAUAUCGAUAAGAGUGCCUUUGAGUAUUGGAAAGACACAUUCAUAUCGUCCAUAAAGUUGGUUAAUUCCACUGAGGAAGACACGUUGUUCGGACUUUUUAAAGUCAAGGCUGGACCCAAAUUGCGGGAAAUCUACCAAACGACAGUAACAACCAUCGGAAUGUCAAGUGAGAUCACGAGCCCUUUUUCCAAUGCUAUGGAACGACUCGAUGAAUAUUUCGGCUCUCGGACGUAUAUCCUUGCGCAGAGAGGGAAACUUAUGAACAUGACCCAAACAAGAACAGAGACCAGCAUACAGUUUGUAAGACGUGUGGGAACUGCAGCCAAACUGUGCAAUUACACAGAGGACGAGGAAAUGGAAGCCGUCGUGAGAGUGCUUUCCAAAGGAGCAUUAGACGGAAGGGUUCGUGUUUUGGCCCAUAGGAAUUGGGUGAAGGAGGGAUCGAUGAAGGAUCUCAUCGAUCUAGUUAGAGAUCGUGAACUGGAAAAAGCGAAUGAAGACGAAUUUCAAAGAAGUCACACUCACAAGGAAAUGAAAACGAUUGCUGCUUUCUCGCAGUAUACUAACGAAGCGCCGAAUCAGUUCCGUGGCAACUGGCAUCAAAAUUCUGAACACUGGCGUUACGGGGUUAGAGGACGUCAGGGAUCAAACCGUGGAAGAGGACGUGGAAUGUCGAAUUGUGGAUCGCUCAACAACCGACCAAGUGGAUCUGUCGGUAAUUGCUGGAGAUGUGGCAGUGUUUACCACCAGCCCAGUAGUUGUCCGGUGAUUCAGAAAGUAUGUCGUAACUGUGGGGGGUUAGGCCAUAUCGCACGAGUGUGUUUGAAGGUUUCAGAGCAGGUAUUACAGUCGGGACCUCGUAAGUGAAGAAAUGAACAUAAAGAAGAGGUUAACGAUUUGAAAAUUGCUGUUAUCGAGAAAAAUGGAGAGAUGAAAGAUGAGGUACGGGAACAUAUUGAUGACUUAUCUUGAUUUAUUUUUUCUUUAGUGUUUUCAAACAUCAAGAAUACUUGGUAAUAAAUGGAUUAUUGAAAUAAUAUCACUUUUUUGAAGAUGUUUCUUUUCAAAUGAAUUGUUUAACAAGUCUUACUGUAUUCAAAGAUGUUGUGAAAAUACAUAAAUAUAGCACUAAGUCAUAGAAAAAAAAUUAAAAUAAACUACAAUUCAUUGAUUACAGGCUACUAUUGUGUUGUUGCCUGAAUCUUCAUCCUCAGAACAGAAUAUGA